AUGACGAACUGCUGCCUGAGCCCUGCAGAGCUGCCUGCUUUUGAUGUCUGCAAGCACCAAGUAUAUUCAGCAGGACCUUCAGAGUGGCACAAAUCUUAUCCUAUUGCCCAAGGGAACCGCCAGUCACCUAUUGAUAUUGUUUCUGCAAAAGCAGUUUAUGACCCUAACCUGAAGCCUCUUAUUAUCUCCUAUGAAUCCUGUACAUCUCUCAACAUCUCUAAUAAUGGCCAUUCGGUUAUGGUUGAGUUUGAAGAUACUGAUGACAAGACAGCAAUCAGUGGCGGUCCAUUUGAGAAUCCAUUUCGGCUAAAGCAGUUUCAUUUUCACUGGGGGACAAAGCACAGCCAGGGAUCAGAACACACAAUUGAUGGCAAACAUUUUCCAUGUGAGCUCCACUUAGUUCACUGGAAUGCCAGAAAAUAUGCAACAUUUGGAGAAGCAGCAGCAGCUCCAGAUGGCUUGGCAGUAGUUGGUGUUUUCUUGGAGAUUGGAAGAGAACAUACCAAUAUGAACAGACUCACUGAUGCUUUGUACAUGGUAAAAUUUAAAGGAGCAAAAGUUCCAUUUAGAAGCUUCAACCCGAAAUGUCUCCUGCCUUUGAGUCUAGAUUAUUGGACGUACCUUGGUUCUUUGACAACACCACCCCUUAAUGAGAGUGUAACAUGGAUAGUGCUGAAAGAACCCAUCAGAAUUUCUGAGAAACAGCUGGAGAAAUUCCGCAUGCUCCUUUUCACCAGUGAGGAAGACCAGAGGAUCCAAAUGGUGAAUAAUUUUCGCCCCCCUCAGCCUCUUAAGGGAAGAGUAGUUCGAGCUUCCUUCAAGGCCUGACAAAAACUGAUAAUGGCCUGAGAUAUCCAAGAGCUUCCACAUCUGAGAUACUACGAAGAGAAACUCUGGUCUUCAGAUCACUCAUGGAAUGCACGAGAGAGCUAUUUCCAUGAGCAUUGUACUUGGAGUGGGACAAUCUUCUGAUUUUAUAUUUUAUUUGAAUUGCUCAUUCUUUUAAGAAAUAGGAUUUUUAACUAGCCCUUUUUAAUAUAAGGGAGAACACUCUAGUUUACUCAACUAUCCAAGACCCCAAACUCUAAAAUUUAAGAUGAAAUUAAAAUCUAACUUAAUAUAAAAUGGGAAAUUAUGUAGUGAUCUACUAGUACUGAUGGCUGCAACUUCUAAUUGUCUCAUUUAAUACAUGAUGAAAUAGUCAAGAGUUUUUGACAAAUUGGUCUUAAAUUUUCCUUACCAAUCUCUUGUUAGUAUUUGCUGAGCCCUUUGCUGUCUGAUUUAAAGAUAGCUUUCACUGUAUUCUUGCUGUCUGACACAUACAGUGCGCAUGAGUAGCACUAGAAAGUUCUUUACUCACCUGAAGUAGGCACUGGUAUGAAAACUCCAUAUAUAUUUUAAAGUUACUGUUUGUUCUAAGAUGCUAUCUUAUAACUAAUUUAAAAUAACAAUGUCAAUGCUGUGUUUAAAAGGAGGCCAUUUUAUUACACAGUCCUUUCAGACGCUGUUCUUUUAGCCCACGCAGCAUAUGUAACUAUAAUGGCUUUGUUAAUUUUGUUGAAAGGAACAUCUAUAGCAAUUCAGGCGUGUGUUUUGUGGUUCUCAAUUGCUCAAGUUCUACCUCAGUUAAGUGAUUUGCUCUACACUACAACCUCCUUCAUUGUCUGCCCUAAAGAAAGUAAGUAUUUUGUUCACUUCAGGGACCUAACAUGGGUAGACCUUGGCUGCACUGAAUGUGCAUUGCUGCACAAACCAUCCCCCCACUCUGGCAGUCUGUCAGGGAUGUUCCCUGCAGAUAUGGAGUUUCAUCAGUCCUGCGUCCUUUUACCUCUUCAGAAGAAAGUUGCUUUAGAAAAUCCCUGUGUUAGUAUUACAGCUUCUGCAUCUUAGUGAUGAUUCAGACUUGUGUCUCCAGUACUAAAUACAGUGAUAUCUGUAACUACCCACAGUCUAUUUUCAGUUACUUUAAUUCUGGGCUUCAAAUGUUCUACUUUGUCUAUAUAGUUCAAAUAGAAGUUGCUGAUGUUUAUGAAUUUUUACCAGCUUUGAUGGAGAAGUCAUCAAAGAUGUACAAUGUAAAGGAAAGCAGGGGAAAAAAGGAGGAGGAGAACAGCUACUAUGGGCUGUUCGCCUUUUUCAGGAAGGGAGGAAGACACUAGAUGUGAAUGAAGCACAGUACAAGGAAUGAAAGACUCAAAUUCUAGCCCUAACUCUUCUACAGUUUUUCUGGUACAGUGACCUAAAAGUUUCCAUUCCUCAGUUUCCUCUUAUAAAACAAGGGUAACACUGACCUACCUCACAGGGAUGUUGUGAGGGCUAAUUCAGCAUUGGUUUAGAUGUGAAUGUUAAUAUGGCAGGUGCUAAAGGAAACAGAAAAUCAUUACAAAAUGCAAUGUUUUUAUCUAUUAAGGAUGUAACUUUGCUAGUAUUGCAAACUGGUGUUGCAGAAAACCUAUUUAAUAUAUCUUUACUUCCUUAACAAAUGAAAUAAGACUUUAAAACCAAGUGUGCAUCUCUUCAUCCUUUAUUUUGAGAAGACCUACCUUUUGCUACUUACAGCACUGUUUUUCUUGGACUUUCAUUAACAGAAAUGCUGUUUGAUAUCUUCAACUGAUGCAUCUAUUUUGAAUCAAGGAAUGAUUUGAUUGGUCGCCCUCAGUUUCACUGAAACCUUGAUAAUGCUAUAGUAGAAUAAUCUAAGUACAGAUAAGACUUAUCCCUCCCAAAUUGCGGGGCUUUUAAAAAAGUUUUAGAAAGCCUACCUCUGUUUAAAAAUAAUUUUUAGUCUAUAUCACUAUUAUUCCCAUCUUUUGGGAUUAACAGUUUCUACUUGAUCUUAAUCCUUACACUCAGUCUGAUGUAUUUUGUGCAUCUUGAAUGACUUCUUGCACAGAGUUAAAUUAUUGUAAUAAUGAAUCUAUGUCCCUGUUAAAAUUAAAACCUACAUGAAAAGACUAAUUUUAAAAUGUAAAAAGUCCUUCACAAGAACCUUAGAUAUUUGAUAGCCCAAAUACAUUUUAUAGGGCCUAAAUAAAAUUUUAGUCAGGAGAGUAUUUUAACCAAUAUUACUUACCAUAUAUAGCUUCACCAAGCUACCAAAGUACUGCUGUAUUAGUCCCCACAUUCACAGAGCAGAUUACCAACAAAUAUUUUCAGUGGUUUCUUUCUAGGCAUGUAAGUAGGUUUCUGCUCACCCAGUCUCUCACAAAAGGUAAAGAGGGCUUGCAUACUAAAACUUUGUCCAGUUUUCCCCCAGCUACAACCAGUCUAAUGAAAUAAAAAUCUUAUUUAUUCACAAAAUGUGUCCAUUCUGUGACCUUGAACACAAUAUUUAAGCUUCUUUGAGGGUGGUUUACUCAUGCACACAGAAGGAUAA